AUGGCUUCAAACGAGCUCCGAGAUGUACAGGUCGAAUCCGGUGAUGAUAAAGGCUGUCGAGUAUGCCAUGUACACAGCUUCGAUGGCUACACCCUCAUCUCCUGGACCUUCACACUCUACCCCUACAUCCUACUCAACCCCACCUUCUACUCGUCCAAAUUUUUCGACGCCCCCGUCUUCCCAGUCAGUUCCAUCAUACUCGCAACCGAUCUUUUCGCAGCCAACCCCAUCUUAAUCUAAGCUGCCUCUCUCUCAACCAAACCCAUCAAACUCCCAGCCGUCACGAACGCCUCUUGCUCCUCGGUCGUCAAACCAUACUCUCAUCGCGGUCAAACAAGAGAUCGAUGGCCCUUACGUACUUGACUUCGGAAAACACCAAGGAUCGAAGCUGGAGGAUGUCCCUGCCGAUUAUCUUGCAUGGUUGAAAAAACAACCCCACAAUACUGAGGCAUUGAAGAAGGCCAUUCGCGACUGGGACAAGAUUCCACGGGUUUAUCGAUUGGGCUUUGGUAUGCAUCGAGGCUGCACCUUGGACGAAGUCCCACCGGCCUAUAUCACUUGGCUAUACGAGAAUGCCGCCGAUGAGUAUGACGACCUUCGUGAAGCUCUCGCCAAGCACAAGCGCGAGAAUUCCAUUAAGCAAGUCACGGCGCAGAAAUCCAAAUCCAGCAAAAAGCAAAAGAAGCCUUUUGUGUGCCCUUCCAAAUUACACCUCAGACUAUCGUCGUUACUAUUACGCUGGAGAUCGCAAAGGCCAACAAAUGUGGAUUGGAUGUCACGAUGCAUUGAAGUACUUUGGUGCUGAUGCGACAGCCAUGAAGGCAGCUGGUCUAGAGGUUUUCCAUAAGGGCCAGCGUUUCUGGGUCCACCAAGUCUUUGCUUAUGCGAGGCAUUUUGGUACCACUGGGACCGACACUCCAACGAAUGCGCUGAACAAGUCCAAAGCAAAAAAGUACAACUAA